AAGUUAACAUGGGCAUUUCAGCCAACCGGCCUUAUCAAUAACCCCUUAUAACACCCCUCCCUUGGAGGGGUGAAGCAUUCGCUAGGUGGUAUAGAUGGCAAGUUUCUUCUGAAGUAUCAGGAGACUGGCUAUCAAGUUUCCACUGUGAAUGAUUGAAUAGCACAACAGGCGAAAAAUACAUGGUAUGCUGAAGUGUUUGAAUCAUGACUUACGACCUUGUCAUAACUAAUGGCACAUGUGUAACCGCAUCUGAUAUCGCGGCAUUGGACAUUGCUAUUCAGAAUGGGAAGAUUGCGCUCCUAGCUCCGUCGGGCUCGUUGGCGGGUGCAUCCGCCGUACAGGUGAUCGACGCCGAAGGAGGAUACAUCACGCCAGGAGGAAUCGACUGCCAUGUCCAUCUUCAAGAGCCGGCCAUGUUUGGCGGGAAAGGAAGGUCUGCCGACAAUUAUGAGUCUGGUACCCGUUCGGCCAUCGCCGGCGGAAACACAACCAUCAUAGCCUUUGCGCCGUUGCAAAAGGACGAAAUAUCUCCGCUAGCUGCAGUUCAUGCGACACAUGCCCUCGCACGGGGUAAUUGCUACUGCGAUUACAGCUUCCAUCUCCUCAUGGGCAACGCAAGCGCGACAGCACUCCAGGAACUCCCCCGGUUGAAGCACGAAGAAGGUAUCAGCUCGGUCAAGAUAUACAUGACAUAUAAGGCACUGCAAUUGCGGGACAACGAGAUCUUAUCAAUCCUGCUUACCGCGCGGGCGCAUGAGAUACUCACCAUGAUCCACGCCGAGAACGGGGACGUGCUCGACUGGUUAACAGACCAACUAGAACUGGCUCAGAAGAUAAGUCCAAAAUACCACUCCAACUCGCGGCCGCCAAUCUUGGAAGCCGAAGCCACGAACCGGGCCAUCGCGCUCUCGUCGCUCGUCGCGAAUACACCCAUCCUGCUAGUCCACGUCAGCGACCCGCAAGCAGCCCUCCGGAUCCGCGAAGCGCAGACGCAGGGCCAGCCGGUCUUCGCCGAGACGUGCCCGCAGUACCUCUUCCUCACGCGCGACGACCUCGACCGCCCCGGGUUCGAAGGGGCGAAGUACAUAUGCUCGCCGCCGCCGCGCCGGAAGGAGGACCAGGGGGCUAUCUGGCGCGGCCUUCAAAACGGAACUUUCUCCGUGUUGAGUUCGGAUCACUGUCCGUUCAGCUUCGACGACGAGGAGAAGGGGAAGAAGUCGUGUAUCACGCGUGAACAUCCGGAGGGCCACUUUCGGCAUGUGCCGAACGGGUUGCCCGGAGUGGAGACGCGGCUCCCGCUCGUCGUGUCAGCGAGUAAGCUGAGGCUCACGGAAUUUGUGGCUGUGGCCUCGACGAACCCGGCGAAGUUGUAUGGGCUGUAUCCGAGGAAGGGGGCGCUGCUUCCGGGGGUUUCGGAUGCGGAUUUGACGAUUUGGUAUCCCGAGGGGAAGUUUGGGGGGGAUCUUACGUUGAAGAAUGAUAUGCUACACCAUGAUGCGGAUUAUACGCCGUACGAGGGUCGCAAGCUUGGGAAUUGGCCUAGGUAUACGGUGCUCAGGGGGAAGGUGGUCUGGGAUCGGGAUAAUGGUGGGGUCGUGGGAGAGAAGGGAUACGGCAAAUUUGUUAAGAGAGGGUCGGCCGUUGAUGUUUGGGAUAAGGUUGAUGAGGCUGGGUUUGAUUUGGAGGAGUUGUGAUACUGGAUAGUGGUUAUACUUCCCUUGAAAAGAAAUUCAUCUUGAAUUCAAGUCACUUAAAAAAUGGCACUAAAGCAGAAGUGAGUCCAGUAAAGGUACUGUAUCUGUACCUAGGUUGUUACCUGAGGCGCCUUAGUAGGAGUCGAGAUCGAUAAGAGGAUUGCCGGGUG